AUUAACCCUACGACAGAACCUUUUACGUGUUUGAAAUUGAAUUUCAAGAAACAAGAAAAUUAACUAGAAAGUUAGGAAACUUUUCCAAAUACUUUGACAACACAACCAUAGGGAAAUCAUGCACCAUUACACGGAAAACCUCAAUGAAAGGGUGAUCAGCAUACUCCUGCUGUAUAUGUUAUCUACCUUUGUACCAGACUCCAUUGGCAGUGAGAUGUUCAGGUCAGAGUGCCAAGAUCGCCAUUUCUCUCUGGCCAUCAAAUCCAGCUUCCUUGGACAAGUGUUUCGAUUUGACAUUGAAGACAGCAGAGGCAUGCACUCCCUGUCCAGCCAGCAGGCAGCAGAGUGUGGUUAUACCAUGGUGUUGGACUCACAGGGAGACCUGCUGCUUCGAGUCUCUUACCUUGCCUGCUAUGUGGAUGUAAAUAAAGACACUGAGUACCAGCUGCUUGUGUGGUUUGUUAACAAGAAAGCCAAUGAGAAGGAGGCCUCCUACCCUUUAGCUUUAAGCUGUCCUCUGCAGCAGCCCUGGAGCAUGCGUGAGAUUGUCUGUGAGGAGAACUACAUGGAGGUGUCUGUAAAGAAGCAGAUGCUACCUGACUCUCAGGGCCUGGAGGGGAUGUCAUCCUCUGCGGAGCCAGAGGAGGAGGGGUUGAAGGAAGGGCGGGUGGUGUUCCGCAUACCAGGCGACGCCCAGGGGGAGGGGACCCCGCCCUCUAGGGAGGAGGCGCUAACUGUGGCCGAGGCAAACCUGCAGGGGUACCACAUCAGCACCAGCGGAACCCGAAUCCUGCUGCGCUGUGCCUACUCCCCUGUCCUAUCUUACACACUGCAGGAGAGCGGAGGCAAGGUGGAGGCUGUCAGUGCAACCAUCUUCUACAGCCAUCACUGGACACUUCUCAAGGUGGACAUCUCGGUGGCCUGUCCUAUAAACCAAGCUGUCAUGGAUGAUGGCCAUGUUUUGUGGACUUUCCCGAAGAUCCUGCCCCCCCUAGUGCAUGCUGGGUACAGUGCUUGGGCCGCCAGCGUGGGGGUAGAGGGACGCCUGGUGAGUGACUGUGUCCUCCAGCAGAGAGACUAUGGAGUCAGGGUGCAGGACAGAACUGUGGAGAUCAGGAUCCCAUUCGGAGCUGAGGGAGGGCAUGUCAAGAGUCAUGUGGUUGAAGGACAGUACUUCCAGUCCUACUCCAUAGACCUGUUCUAUAUGCACCAAUGGGAGGACAGCCAGUGGGCUCUCACCCAACAUCGAUCCUUCAGGCCCCUGUGGACCCCGCCCAUACCCAGGACCCCCACUCUUCUGAAUAACACUGUUCCAUCAGAACGGGUAUUUUCGAUUACCCUGGGUGCGUUUCCCCCUGAUGUUUCCCUGCAUAACGUCAGUGUGGGGGGUGAGCCGGUGUCCUGGGUGGAAGCCGAGCGCUUGGGGCUCAAGGUCUCCCAAGUGCCCUUCUCAAAUGGCACCCACGCCUACCAACUGGAGGCCCCCUUCUCGCACCCCCUCAUCUCCAAAAAGUACGUAGGUGGGAGGUACAGAAGGUACAGGCUCACAGUAACCUUCUCUAUGCUCGUCUCACCACACGGAGAAAUCUAUGAUCACCCCAUGGCUGUGGUGUGUGAUCUGCAAGAUGUUGUUCUUCCUAAGCUGGAGGGUAACUGCACUGACAGAGGUGUAAAGAUACUGGUGCGUUAUGGGAACCUGGACUCCCAGUGGGAAGUCUACCUUGGAGGCAACAAGCUGGACUGGGCGCUUGUGGAACGGGGCGGAUAUGUGCUGGAGAACAGGAAGCAUUACUACAGCCUGGAGCUGCCCCUCUACAGUGUAGGCAUGGCUUAUGAGUACCUGACGCUGCGUGGGCUGGUGGUUAGUGUGCAGGUGCAUCUCGUGGACAGGGAGACGGGGAAAGUGGAGGGCACCUUUGUCCAGCGCUGCAGCUUUCCUAUCAGAGACCUUCUGGUGUGUCUGCCAGACAGGUGGAUGGUUCUGGUGGCUGACACAUCCUACAUCACCCCGCCCAUCGAACCCAGAAGCUCCACCUUGCUGGACCCCAGCUGUGGCCCCACAGAGACGGACCACACCAGGGUGCUCUUCAGCUUCUCUCUAGACUCAUGUGGUACCACCAGAACUCUGGACGGGAGUCACCUGGUGUAUGCAAACGAAGUGAGGUACAGCCCAGCACUGUACCCCGCAGUGAACCCCCUCAUCCACCCACACUCCCACUACAGGCUUCCCAUUAGCUGUCGCUAUGGGGUGAACAAUGACAGCAGUCGGGCAGUCUACCAUCCCAGCUUGGCUGCCCCCGUGGCCCCCUCAUCCCACAGAGAAGGGUCGAAUCAGCACCCUGGUAUGAGAGGAGGUAUAAUCCCAGGAAAGGUCUACCAGAAGACCAUAUCUGCAAAAGCAAAGGCCACCCAUCCUCAGAGGUGACAGUAGUGACACGCAGAGGUCCCGGUUCUGUCCUGCAUUGGGCCAGCCUGACAUCUGCGAUCUUGGAGACCAAUAAAACAGCCUCACUUCACAAA